AUGGUGCGCAUUAUGCUCACCGGCGGCCAGUCUCCUCUUGACACCGUUGCCAUGGCUACGGCUACAGCUACUGUUGCUGCUGGUGCUGCUGCUUCUGCUGCUAAUGCUGUUGUCACUGCCGCCUCCGCUUCGCUGGGCCCUUCGAGAGUACGAUCGACCGACUUGAUUGGCCCUAGCGACAACGGUCACGGGCUCAAACUGGCCCGACCCAACGACGUCUCCGGCACCGGAGUGAAGAGGAUCGGUUGCCUGGGCAACCGGGGCGGUCUGGAUGGUCCGAUCGUGGGAGUCAAGCGGCGCCGGUUCACCGAGCACGGAGAGGCCCCUCUGGCCAGGCUGCCCGGAGGGGGUGCGCCGAGUCUCGAGUCUCCGGCAGCGUCUCUGCUGGAAAAAGCGAUGAUUUACAGACGCUUUGGCGGGUCGCAGGUAAGACAGCACAACAACAACAACAACAACACAAUUUCCCCCUUCGCCCCAAACUCCCCCAGCCUCUGGUUCCAAUCGAGCGAUUCGAUGUGA